CAUGCCUGUUCCAAAAUGGCGCGGGUUUGUUUUCCAUGAGUAUGUUGAAGAGCUUUAACCGAGCGGCCCAGUUCACCAGACUCCUCCAGACAGCCGGGAAAGGCUUUUAUCUACAACAGAACUGCAGGCUGGUGUCAUCCUUGCCACUCAGAAUGACGGAUCCGGCUGUGAACAGGGUGGUCAGUGACAUUAUUCGCUCUCCAGAGGACAAGCGGGAGUACCGCGGCCUGGAAUUUACCAAUGGCCUGAAAGCUAUGCUCAUCAGUGACCCAACCACAGACAAAUCUUCUGCUGCUUUGGAUGUCCACAUAGGUUCACUGUCGGACCCAUCGAACAUCUCAGGCCUGGCACACUUCUGUGAGCACAUGCUGUUCCUGGGAACACAGAAGUACCCCAAGGAGAAUGAGUAUAGCCAGUUUCUCAGCGAGCACGCCGGCAGCUCCAACGCCUUCACCAGCGGAGAGCACACCAACUACUACUUUGACGUGUCCCAUGAGCACUUGCAAGGAGCUCUUGAUAGGUUCGCCCAGUUCUUCCUUUGCCCGCUGUUUGAUGAGAGCUGCAAGGACCGGGAGGUGAACGCCGUGGACUCGGAGCACGAGAAGAACCUGAUGAAUGACGCCUGGAGGCUGUUUCAGCUCGAGAAGGCCACGGGGAACCCAAACCACCCCUUCAGUAAAUUUGGAACAGGUAACAAGUUGACUCUUGAGACCAGACCCUCUAAAGACGGGAUCGACGUCCGCCAGGAGCUGCUGAAGUUCCACUCCACGUACUACUCCUCUAACCUCAUGGGGCUGUGCGUGCUGGGAAGAGAGUCACUUGAUGAGUUGACGUCCAUGGUGGUGAAGCUGUUCGGAGAAGUGGAGAACAAGAACGUGCCUAUCCCAGAAUUCCCUGAGCACCCUUUCCAGGAAGAACAUCUCAAACAAUUUUACAAAGUGGUUCCGAUCAAAGACAUCAGAAAUCUGUACGUGACGUUCCCCAUCCCAGACCUGCAGAAGUACUACAAGUCCAACCCGGGGCAUUAUCUGGGACACCUGAUCGGUCACGAGGGGCCCGGCAGCUUGUUAUCCGAGCUCAAAUCAAAAGGCUGGGUGAACACGCUGGUCGGGGGACAGAAAGAAGGCGCUCGAGGAUUCAUGUUCUUCAUCAUCAACGUGGACCUGACUGAGGAAGGCCUCUUGCACGUGGAGGACAUCAUCUUCCACAUGUUCCAGUACAUCCAGAAGCUGCGGACCGAGGGGCCUCAGGAGUGGGUGUUCGAUGAGUGCAAGGAUUUAAACAAAGUGGCCUUCAGGUUUAAAGACAAGGAGCGACCCCGUGGCUACACCUCCAAAGUGGCAGGAUUACUACAUUAUUAUCCUCUCGAAGAGGUUCUGGCAGCGGAGUACCUUCUGGAAGACUUCAGGCCCGACCUGAUCGAGAUGGUGCUGGAUAAGCUGAGACCAGAACAAGUCAGGGUUGCAGUGGUGUCAAAAUCCUUUGAAGGGAAGACGGACAAAACGGAGGAGUGGUACGGCACGCAGUACAGUCAGGAAGCCAUCUCUGAAGAGACCAUCCAGAACUGGGCAAACGCAGACCUCAAUGGCAAGUUUAAAUUACCAAUGAAGAAUGAGUUCAUCCCCACCAACUUUGAGAUCUACCCCCUCGAGAAAGACGCUCCUGCAGUCCCCUCUUUAAUCAAAGACACUGCUAUGAGUAAGGUGUGGUUCAAGCAGGACGAUAAGUUCUUCCUCCCGAAGGCCUGCCUGAACUUUGAGUUCUUCAGCCCGUUUGCGUACGUGGACCCAUUGCAUUGUAACAUGGCAUAUUUAUACCUGGAGCUCCUCAAGGACUCCCUCAACGAGUAUGCAUAUGCAGCCGAGCUAGCUGGCUUGAACUAUGACCUCCAAAAUACCAUCUAUGGGAUGUAUCUGUCGGUCAAAGGUUACAACGACAAACAGCACAUCCUGCUGAAGAAGAUCAUCGAGAAGAUGGCGACCUUCGAGAUAGACGAGAAGCGCUUCGACAUCAUCAAGGAAGCGUACAUGAGGUCUUUGAAUAACUUCCGAGCCGAGCAGCCUCACCAGCACGCCAUGUACUACCUCCGUCUUCUAAUGACCGAGGUGGCCUGGACCAAAGACGAGCUCAGGGAGGCUCUGGAUGAUGUGAGUCUGCCUCGCCUCAAGGCCUUCAUCCCGCAGCUUUUAUCACGGCUACAUAUCGAAGCCCUUCUUCAUGGCAACAUCACAAAAGAGUCCGCCCUCGGCAUGAUGCAGAUGGUGGAGGACACGCUGAUCGAGCACGCUCACACCAAGCCCCUCCUCCCGAGCCAGCUCAUUCGCUACAGAGAGGUCCAGGUGCCAGACGGCGGCUGGUACGUUUACCAGCAGAGGAACGAGGUGCACAACAACUGCGGCAUCGAGAUCUACUACCAGACGGACAUGCAGACGACCCACGACAACAUGCUGCUGGAGCUGUUCUGCCAGAUCAUCUCCGAGCCCUGCUUCAACACGCUGAGAACCAAAGAGCAGCUGGGCUACAUCGUGUUCAGCGGGCCGCGGCGGGCCAACGGCGUCCAGGGCCUGCGCUUCAUCAUCCAGUCGGAGAAGGCGCCGCACUACCUGGAGAGCCGGGUGGAGGCCUUCCUGUGCACCAUGGAGAAGGCGGUGGAGGACAUGAGCGAGGAGGCCUUCCAGAAGCACAUCCAGGCCCUGGCCAUCCGCCGCCUGGACAAGCCCAAGAAGCUGUCGGCCGAGUGCGCCAAGUACUGGGGCGAGAUCAUCUCCCAGCAGUACAACUUCGACAGAGAUAACAUUGAAGUGGCGUAUCUGAAGACUCUCUCAAAGGAAAACAUCAUGCAGUUCUACAGAGAACGGCUGACAAUCGAAGCGCCAAAGAGACACAAGGUGUCGGUGCACGUCCUGUCUAGAGAGAUGGACUCCUGUCCAGUGGUGGGAGAGUUCCCUGCUCAGAAUGAUGUCAACCUGGCGCCCGCCCCGUCGCUGCCUCAGCCGACGCUGGUUCAGGACAUGACGGAGUUCAAGCGGAGUCUGCCGCUCUUCCCUCUGGUCAAACCGCACAUCAACUUCAUGGCGGCCAAACUGUGAGCACCACGGCGUCUGGCCCCUCCUCCUCCUCCUCCUCCUCCUCCUCCUCACAUCAGGAAGACCUCCGUUCAUCUGACUGAGCCUGCAUGAGUGUGUGUGUGUGUGUGUGCGUGAGGAUGCAAGUGUGUGCAUGUGCGGCAGGCCAGAGCCACUAGAAGAAAAAAAAAAAAAAAAAAGAACGACUCACAGGUAGCGGCGGUGGAGUCUCACCUCAUGGUAACUUGUCCCGACCCCCCCGACACCCCCCACCACCGCCACCGCCCCCAGCCCCCACGCUGACGUAGAGGAAGUAGAAAACCUCCCAGCAGGAGCUCCAGGGGUCGUUCAGUUCAGCUGCUUCAAACCGACAGCAGCGUCGUGAGGUAGCUCCGCCCAGGCUUCUUGGUUUUAAUUAAAAAAAUGUUUUUCUUUUUUUAACUGUCAGACCGAAGCCGAACUCUGCCGAAAAUCCCCCGAAAAGAUGACCCACGUGCAAAUUUUUAGCGAGAUUUCAGACGGAAGCCUUUUCUUUUUUUUGUUUUAAAGUCCUGGCAUGUUGAGGAAGCGUUCUUGGAAAGCUGGUGGAACGUCGGGAGGCUCGGAGGAAGUGUUUUUAAAUGGCUGGCCACAGAAGCGUGCUCAUGAAAAGUUUCUUAUUUUUAAGGUUUUGACUGCGUUUUAUUCUCGGUUCAGACAUCUCAGGGGUUCGUCCAUGCUGAUUUUCUCUUUCUUUUACAUUUUCUGUGAUUAGUCACUCUAAUAAAAACACUUUUAUUGUUCUGACAUCUAUAUCUUAGUGUUUCAUUCAGUUGACAGGGAAGCAAUCCACACGCAUGGCGUGACUCUGCAGAGUAGAUGAUGAAGAGGAGGAGGAGGAGGAGGAGCAGCAGCGGGUCCUGAUUGGUGGGAUCCGGCCUUUCACUCAGCGAAGCGGCGUUUUUAUGUGAUGUCAGAGAAAAUCCAGCCUUUAUUUCCCCCCCCCCCCAACCUCGUUCCUUUCCUCAAUAUAUGCACUUCUCUCACGAAGCAAUAAUUUAACGCCGCGGACGGAGUGAGGCCCCGAGACCCAGGUGGAGUGAGGCGCGCUCUCAGGUGCUUCGUUUGGAGGAGAAAAGAAAAAAAAAAAAAAGACAAAGCUGCAGAGUUCAGACAGAAGCGUUGGUUC